AUGAUGUGGACAGUGCCUUUAAUUUUGGUCUCAUGUUAUUUAACGAAAGCAGACUAUGAUGCGAGAUGUGGUGACGAUUCUAAAACUGGAUUGACAUUGGAUGUUUCUACUGAUGGUGUUGAAGGACGAUAUAGUGUGGAGUGGUGCACGGCGGCGGAUAGAAAUGUUACGGCAUGGGAGCUAGUAAUGCGUUAUGAUGAUCGGCCAAAAGAAAAUUGUACUGAUUAUGAUAUUUUCUCGCCAGGAUUGUUCCACUCACGCUUCAUUGAACCUAUCACACUUAACAUAAAUUGUACCAAUGUAUGCUUCACCAAGUACUUGGAUCUAAUAUUCAAUGGCACCUGUUACUACAUUAAGACAUGGCUUAGGCGAGAAACAACUUAUGUUUCUGAUGACAUAUUCCAUUACAUCACAAACCCAUACAAUAAAGAGCAUUUCACUGAAAACCAAGUAUACUUCUCUUCUAUUACUAUUGAUGACGAGAUAGUGUUGCAGCUGCACCCGGGAUACAUUCCCAUUACCAAAUAUGAAAUGGAGCUGCACAACGAAAAUGAUACGUGGGAGGAGGACAUCACGCGCAACUGCAGCGCGUCGGCGUCGGGCGUGCGCUGCGCGGUGCGCGCGCCGCUCGACUGCUACGUGGCGAGGUUCCGCCACCGCACGCCGUGGCUCCCGCUCUUCAACGGCUCGCUCAACUACGAGUACCUUUUCUGCCACAACGUGACGCGCGCGCCGCGCGUGGCGGGCGCGGGCGCGGACGCGGCGCGCUGGGCGGCGGGCGGCGGCGCGGCGGCGGCGCUGCUGGCGGCGCUGCUGGCGGCCGCGUGGCGCGCGCGCCGCGCCGCCGCCCGCCGCCAGCGCGUGCUGUGGGACUGGCUCGCCAGGAGGGAGCCGCCAUUCGCAGCGGAGUGCAAGGCGGCGGCGGCGGGGGUGGCGGUGGGGGCGGAGGGCGCGGAGGAGGAGGAGGGCGCGGCGGUGGUGGUGCUGCUGUACGCGCGCGACUGCGCCGCGCUCAUGCGCGUGGCGGCGUGCCUGCGCGCGCUGCUGCAGGACGCCACCGGCUGCCAGGUGGUGGACUUGUACUCGGCCUCGGCGGUGGCGGCGGCGGCGGGCGGCGCGGCGCGCUGGCUGCGCGCGCUGCUGCGGCGGCCGCGCGCGCGCCUGCUGCUGCUGCAGACGCCGGCCGCCGCCGCGCUGCACGCGCCCGCGCCCGCGCUGCGCGACCGCGCGCCGCCGCAGCUGCCCACGCUGAGCGCGCCGCUGCUGGGCGCGCGCGCGGCGUACCGGCGCCCGCACGCCGGCGACGCCGCCUUCGCGCUGGCGCUGCGCCUGCUGGCGGAGACCGCGCACGUGCACCCGCAGCCCUACCGCAAGUUCUACGUCGCUGAGAUGGCGGGGCUGCCGGCGGAGGUGGCGCGCGGCGUGACGCCGCUGCGGCGCUACGUGCUGCCCGCCGCCGCGCCCGCGCUGCUGCGCGACCUGGCCGCGCCCGCGCCCGCCCCCCCGCCGCCCUGCGCGCGCUGGCCGCCGCGGCGGGGGAGCUGCGCGCCUUCGUGCGCGACCACCCGCGCUACCUGGACGACGAGCUCAUCUUCAUGUGACCGCCCGGCGGUGGUGCGGCUGUGGUGUGUG